AUGGCAUUUUGGAAACCAGGAACAGUUGCACCAGAAGCGGAAAAAGAAACUAGCGAAAAUAUAAUACCAUUUGUGGAACAAUAUUCUAAUGUAUCUAUUCAGCAACAACGAAAAAGACUGCCAAUAUAUAAAUCACGUGACCAACUACUUUACCUUAUAGAAAAGUAUCAGGUAACAAUAGUUGUAGGGCAGACAGGAACUGGUAAAACAACGCAAUUACCCCAAUAUCUUAAUGAAGCCAAUUGGACCGUCAGUGAUCGAGUUGUAGCCUGCACACAGCCUCGUCGUGUUGCGGCUACAACGGUUGCUGAGCGUGUUGCUACAGAAAUGAAUGUAAAGCUUGGGGAUGAGGUCGGAUAUAGCAUUCGAUUUGAGGAUUGUACUGAUCCGGUCAAAACGCGAAUCAAAUAUAUGACCGAUGGAAUGUUGUUUCGAGAAAUUUUUCUUGAUCCAUUAUUAACAAAAUAUAGUGUAAUAAUGAUUGAUGAAGCGCAUGAACGUAGCUUAUAUACGGAUGUUUUAUUAGGAAUUUUGAAAAAAAUUCUUACAAAACGACCAGAAUUAAGAAUAAUAAUUGCAUCAGCUACUUUGGAUGCGGAAACAUUCUAUGAAUUUUUCAAUACGAACAUGACGGAUGACCCAGAAAAAGAUGAUGUCUCAAUAAUUUCAUUAGAAGGAAGGUUAUUCCCGAUCGAUAUACAUUAUUUGAAGGAAUCUUCUCCGGAUUAUGUGGAAACUGCGAUACAGACCGUUUUUGAUAUUCACGUACAGCAACCACUUGGAGAUAUUCUCGUGUUCAUGACGGGACGGGACGAAAUCGAACAAGUAGUUGGAGAAAUAUCAGAAAGGGCAACAACACUACCACGAUCUGCCAUGAAAAUUUUACCAUUGCCAAUUUAUGCUGGUUUACCUGUAGAACAACAAUUACAGAUAUUUGAAACAACACCUCAUAAUACUAGAAAAGUAGUUGUGGCUACAAACAUAGCUGAGGCUUCAAUAACUAUUGAAGGUAUCGUGUAUGUAAUUGAUUGCGGGUUUGUAAAAUUGCGAGCCUAUAAUCCAAAAACUGGUAUGGAAAGUCUUACGGUGACUCAAAUUUCAAAAGCGUCUGCACAACAAAGAGCUGGACGAGCCGGAAGAGUUAAAGCAGGAAAAGUGUAUAGACUUUAUACGGAAGAUUCGUUUUAUGAUUUAAAGGAAUCUAGCAUUCCUGAGAUACAAAGAAGCAAUUUGGCUCAUGUAAUACUACAAUUAAAAGCACUAGGAUUUGAUAAUGUGGUGAAAUUUGAUUUCAUAAGUUCGCCUCCUUCAGAACUUAUGAUGCGUGCUUUAGAGUUAUUAUAUUCCUUGAAAGCUUUGGAUGAUAAUGGAAGGUUAACAAUGUUAGGAAUGCAAGUUGCAGAAUUUCCUGUUGAUCCUCUGCUUGGAAAAAUAUUAUUGGAUUCUUAUAAAUUUCAAUGCGCAGAAGAGAUUCUUUCAAUUUCUGCAAUGAUUUCAGUUCAGAAUGUUUUUCUACAUUCUACGAACUCUUCUAUUAAUGCAGAAGAGGAAAAAAUGAAAUUUGCUGUUGAAGAAGGAGAUCACAUUACAUUAUUGAAUGUAUUCAAUGCAUUUGUCACCCGUGGCAAUAAAUCUGCUCGAUGGUGUCAAAAACAUUGUCUAAACUUUCGUGCUCUAUCUCGUGCACUUUCGAUCAGACAACACUUAAAAAAAUAUCUUGUCAGAUUUGAUGUACCAAUUGAAUCAUGUGGGAAUGAUACAGUAAAAAUAAGGAAAUGUUUGGUGAGUGGGUACUUUUCUCAAGCAGCCAAGAUGAUGCCUGAUGGAUCGUUUCGGACUAUUAGGGAUAAUGUGAUAUAUAUUCAUCCUUCAUCAAUUAUGUUUACACGUAAAGCACCUUGGGUCAUAUUUCAUGAAGUUGUGGAAACUACAAAAACAUUCAUGCGUGAUCUCACGGUGAUCGAACCUUCGUGGUUAGCAGAGUUAGCUCCACAUUUCUAUGAAUUCAAGACGAAACCACUUCUUAAACAUUAA